CGGGCUUCCGUUUGGGAGACGCACCUCGGUCUCCGCCGUCGACGUCUCAUGGUUCCGCCGUGGAAAUGGCCUAGUCAGACUCGGCGGUAAGGCCAGAUGAGCUGCUCCUGUCCGGACCCGGCCCACAGAACGAGACAGCCCGGUGUGCGCCGCCGCCCGGGAUUCCUGGGACUUUGUAUCCGUAAAUAGAGGAGUGACGAGGCAGAAAAACAAUGGCCCAUUUCCUGUGGCCGGAGCCGCUGUCAGGAGCCCAGCUGAAGCGGCUGGAGGAGCAUAAGUACAGCGCCUCCGGCCGAUCCCUGUUCGAGCCACCGUGUCAAAUCUACUGGAACUGGCUGGUCCAGCAAAUCCCCACAUGGAUCGCACCAAACACUCUGACUAUUGUGGGACUGCUGGUGAAUAUCCUCUCCACGGUGGUGCUGGUGUAUUAUUGUCCCACGGCCACAGAGGAGGCUCCAUCGUGGGCUUUCAUCCUGAGUGCCCUCGGCCUGUUCAUCUACCAGUCUCUGGAUGCUAUUGACGGGAAACAGGCUCGGAGGACGAACAGCAGCUCACCCCUCGGGGAGCUCUUCGACCAUGGCUGUGAUGCUGUUUCCACAGUCUUUGUUGCUGUGGGGACGUGCAUUUCAUGUGGAGUCGGAAUAUUCCCCAACUGGAUGUUUUUUUGUGGUUUCAUUGGGAUGUUUAUGUUCUUCUGCGCUCACUGGCAGACCUAUGUGUCAGGGACUCUUCGAUUUGGCCUGGUUGAUGUUACAGAGGUGCAGAUUGCGAUCAUCAUCAUGUACUUCAUGGCAGCUUUUGGAGGCGUGAGCAUAUGGCAAACCACGUUGCCCAUCAUUGGCCUGAAGCUGUACGUCUUUCCCAUCAUGGGCAUCGUCGGUGGAGCCCUGUACUCCUGCCACAACUACUUCUAUGUCAUAUUGAACGGAGGUGUCGGCAAAAACGGCUCCACAGUGGCUGACACCAGUGUGCUGAGUCCUGGUUUGCACAUCGGUCUCAUCCUCACCAUGGCCUUCAUCAUUUUUAAGAAGUCCUCCAGCCAACUGUUUGAGAAUCACCCUUGUUUGUAUCUGCUCGCCUUUGGAAUGGUCAUCUCCAAGAUUUCCAACAAACUUGUGGUUGCACACAUGACCAAGAGUGAGCUGUACUUGCCAGACACAGCCUUUAUAGGACCUGGUCUACUCGUCCUCAACCAGUACUUCAACAGCUUCAUCAAUGAACACAUAGUCCUCUGGAUCGCCAUGGUCCUCUCUCUUGUUGAUCUGACGCGGUACUGUACAGGUGUGUGCCUCCAAAUUGCCUCCCACCUGCGCAUUAGAGUCUUCAGCAUCACGCCGCCAAGCAGUGCCCACCGUGACUGACAGCUUGCCCGGCGGGAGGAGGCGGAGGGAGACUCGGAUUUCUCUCCGCUGCUGAAAGCAGACAACUGUGAUGACGAGGAGACACACUCUGCCCCGAGCCACUGCAGCCUUGACCAAGUGACCACAUCUGAUUAAAACUGCCUCUAUGUGAAACCAACUUUACACUAUAAACCAAAAAAAAUAAUAAUAACUGGGCUAAUUCUCAAAAAGCAUGGAUCUAUUGAAUGCGAAAAUCAAGAGUUUCCCUUUAAUUUUUCAUUGGCUGUUGUAGUUGAUCCGACUUUACUUAAAACAAAAGCAUGUUAAUAGAAAAUUAAGUUUAGGUUUUUACACCAAAAGGGCACUCUUUAUAUCACUUCUUGCUUAUUCAACUGAAAUACCAAAACACUUUUCUUCUGUUGGUACUUUAUAGCUUGGGCAAACAUCAUUUACUUUUUAUGUGAUGAAAACAUCCAAAUAUUUGUUCAGUAUAUCAGUGAUUGUUGUAUAUUUAGUGUAAAUAUACAACAGCUAUGUGUAUAUGUUCAUUAAGUUGAAUCUCUUGAGUGUUUGCUCAAACUUGGGACCACCAGUUGAAAAUUUUCCAAAUUCCAUAAGUUU